AGGGGCCUCAAUGGCCAGUGGGAGGUGUCUUGUGCUGCAGCAAACACCGCGGGGCCCCGCCGUCCUCAUUCAUUCAGCGCUCACAGGCCCGCCAAGCACCAAGCAAGCGAGCUGGGAGGCAGGGAGGCGAGCCAAAGCCAGCCUUCAAGCCUCAAAGCGCCCGUACGCCGCAGGAGCACCCGCUUUGGAUCUUACCCGCUUCGCAUGUUCGCCCAUUUAACGCUCGCCCCCACUUUUCUCCCCUUUUCGCUCAUUUUUUUUCUUCUUCCCACUUCCACGCAGGGACUCCGACUCGGCUCGGUCCCGACCGGAGAUCGGCCUGCCUCUGGUCCGUGUAAAAAAAGUGCGCAACUGUGCGUGUGUGUGGUGGGGCUUUGGAUUUACUCGGCUUCGUGUGCGUGCGUGUGCGUGUGUUUGUUUACGCACGGGACCUUUACCUAAAAACAAGGGAAUUACCGCCGCAAACGGGAUACACGCAAAUACUUGGAUUAGCAAACUGUGAAUGCUCCGCGUUCAAUUACCGCGUGGGACGACGCGCUUCCUCUCUGGAUGGACUCUCGGUAGGCGGUCUGCUUGAUGGAUUCGAGCCUAUGGACGCUUGCAUAUAGGUUUUCCGAUGCAUGCCAAGUCCACGGUUAAUGUCGGAAGUGGUGAUCCCCCCAGAUGGAGCUCCAAAGUCAACAUGGCCCCGGCGGUUCAUUAGCGGUGAUCCAGCAGCCUUCCCUCGAGAGCCGCCAGAGGUCGGAUUACGAGCGGGAGUUCCAGCAUGCCGCCAUCCUCUCCCUGGACCAGAUCAAGGCCAUCCGCUCCAGCAACGAGUACACGGAAGGGCCGUCGGUGGCGCGCCGCCCACCCGCGCCCCGCAUGCCUUCGCGGCCGCACGACAAGCAGGAGAGGACUCACGAGGUCAUCCUGGUCAAUGUGAACAACAACUAUGAGCGCCGGCCGUCCGGAGGGGUAGUGGUGAGCGGCCACCAUUGGGGGGGCGGCGGUGGGGCCCGGGUGCCGGUUCUGAGCCGCUCCACCAGCACGGGGAGCGCCGCCAGCUCAGGGAGCAACAGCAGCGCCUCCUCUGAGCAGGGCCUCCUGGCACGCUCCCCGCCCGCCAGACUCAACGGCAAUGUGCGGCCCGUUCGGACUCAGCCCAAAGCUCAAGGACCGCUGAUGGGUCCCGAAUCGGGUCCUCACUUCCACCAGGUGCCGCUCAAGGGCAAAUCGGACUUCUCCAGCCCUGCGAAAGAGGUACCGCCACCCGCCGCCGCCGGGCACCAGUUCAUCUGCGAACGUUGCGGCAAAUGCAAGUGCAGCGAGUGCACGGCCCCCCGGAGCCUGCCCUCGUGCCUGGCGUGCAACGGCCAGUGCCUGUGCUCGGCAGAGAGCGCGCUGGAGCAUGGCACGUGCAUGUGCCUGGUCAAGGGGAUCUUCUACCACUGCUCCAACGACGACGAGGGGGACUCGUGCGCCGACCACCCCUGCUCGCCAUCGCACUCGCACUGCUGCUCGCGCUUCCUGUGCAUGGGAUUAAUGUCGGUACUCUUCCCCUGCCUGCUGUGCUACCCGCCGGUCAAGGGCUGCCUGAAGGCAUGCCAGGGAUGCUACGACCGGGUGCGGAGGCCCGGCUGUCGAUGCAAGAACUCCAACACUGUGUACUGUAAACUGGAGAGCUGGGUGCCGCAGAACCAGGAGAAACCUUCCUGAUUCCCCCCCACCCCCCCCACCCCCGCCCCAACAACCACCACCAUGGACAACAAUGACAGCGACAAAAUCCAGCAAGCACCUCCCGCCCAUCUUCCCUCGAAGAAAAACCACUCGAUUUGAAAAAUGUUUUGUUUUUGUUUUUUUUCUGGUUCAGGACCGUGUUUUUACACACCAGUGUUUGCCUUAACAGCUCCCGUGUGUUUCCUCGAGUCUCUUCUCCGAUUCCCGUAUCCUUUUACUUCCAUUAUUUUCCUGUGAAGGAGUGUCUUUUCCGAGCAGGGUUUCUCAAAGUAACCCCCCAAGUAAUGUACAAUGCAAAAGAGCACAACUCCAAAUUGACCAUGGCGGAGUGCCCCCAGAAAGGUGAGCCAUCCUUGGUCCCUGUCAUGCUGCUUGUUUUGAAGCAGGAUUUCUCUCACUUUACCGCCUGGGUAACGUCAACGCAAGCCAAACUAAUGCAAAAGAAUGCCACUUGGCUAUGACAUUUGGGGACCGUCCCCGAAAAAUAGGAUCCUUUCCCUGUCCCUGAUCCUCAGUUUGGGAAACCCUGCUUAUUUUUUGACAUAGCCCCCGACCCCUUCCUCAUCCCAUCGCGUUAAUGUCUCCUCUAACUACACAUGUUUAAUAACAUGGAGUCACAACUCCACUUUCCCAUUUGGGACCCAAAUCUUGUCCCCUGAUUCUCAGUUUGAGAAACCCUGCUUAUUUUUAGGGCAAUGAUGUAGCUGUUACCUGCAGGUAGGUUAUAUUUUGAAUUACUGGUUGCUAGAUCACACUAAAAACCUCCUCCAUGCUUUUGUUGCAUUAACACAAGCACAUCCAUCUUGUCGUGUUUGUUUUUUCUCUCUUUUCUCCACAUGGAAUAUGUUUCUCUUCCCUCAUCCUCCCGUUUAUUUUGUGUACAUUGUAUGCUCAAAAAAGAGCAAUUCUGGCUAUUUGGGUUAAGAAAAUCUGUUAAAAUGGUUUUUGUUGUUGUACAAAAUAUUUAUUAUGUGAAGCUCUAUUAUUUUAUGAUAUUUAUUGCAAGAGACAGUCUUAAAAUUUUACUCAUGUCAAUAUAACAAAAAUAUCAAAUACUUACUGAGAAAAAAAAUUGAAAGGGUGGCACAAAAGAAAACUAUGUUAACUUUAAUGCAGAAAAUAUAUUAAUUAAUGAAAACAAA